UGUGUUCAUGUGCCCUUCGAGCAGCUCACAUCUUCACGUGCUAGUGCUAACACGCGCGGCACGCACGCAAUGAAGGCUUCCGCAAUUGGGCUGGCAUGUUUCGCUGGUAUCGCGCACGUAAGUGGGUUCGUGUCACAUGUGAUUCCACGUGGCAGCCGAGUGUCGCACGAUGUGAGCUCGCUUGUGGCAUCGCGCCCUCUCCCUCGCCCCUAUCGACCAACAGCCGGCAGGGCCAAUAGUAACCUGUUCAUGAAGAAGGGAGGGGCACAUCUGCGGGAGCAUGGAGAGAGAAAUCGAACGAGACAUCUGACUUCACGGAUAGGCCACCCUGGCGGUCUUCACAAGGUUGCUCUGCUCGCCUUGGCCGGAGCCGUUUCAUGUCAACUUCUACCUCACGCAGCAGUAGCCGCAACCGAGACGGCCGUGCCCAUAGCUUCAGCAGCCGUCGACGGUACAUUGGUGGAGAGACUAACUAGUUCGGGUUUUUUCCAGGCCUUUUCACUCGUGUUUGUCUCCGAAAUUGGCGACAAAACCUUCUUCAUUGCCGCUCUUUUGGCGGCGAAAACAAGCCGCCUCAUCUCCUUUGCGGGCUCGGUCGGGGCACUGGCGGUGAUGACGGUGCUCGCGGUGCUCUUGGGGUUGGCGUUUCACUCCGUGCCGUCCGUGUUCACGUCUGGCCUUCCUCUGGACGACAUCAUAGCGGCGGCAGCUUUUCUCUACUUCGGAAUCAACACCUUGAAAGAUGCUUACGCGCUGCCGGACGAUUCCAACCAAGGUAUUGAGGAAGAGCGGGCCGAAGCCGAAGAGAGCGUCAAGGAGCUUGAAGGGAAGAAAACCGUUUGGGCUUUGAUUCUGCAAACGUUCUCAUUGGUUUUUGCUGCCGAGUUUGGAGAUCGGUCCUUCCUGACUACCAUCGCUUUGGGCGCGGCGCAGAAUCCGUUUGGCGUUGCGUCAGGCGCGAUUGUGGCGCACGCAUCGGCCACCGGUAUCGCUGUGACGGGAGGAGCGCUACUUUCCCAGUACAUCUCGGAAAAGGUUAUCGGUUACAUUGGCGGAGCACUGUUUGUCGUGUUUGCAGUAACCACAGCGAUUGGUAUUUUUUGAGAGGUUUCGUCGGAAUGCCUGCGUAGAGCCUUAGUAUAAGGGUUUUUGUUGUCUCUGUUGCUGUGCGACUACAAAAGCAUGAAUAAUUUGUAGACGAAGAUUAAGCCGCAUGAUGCCUGCCGUCCCGGGCACACAACACGCGAAUUCUUAGUGCAUGCAUCUAGAACCACACUGGAGAAAUUCCCCCACGCAACCGACACAUACUAUGACCAAGGAUGAUCGUAUUUUGGUUUUGUUUACACUUCUCCAGAGCCAUUCGUGGACCGGGCGAACAUCCUCAUCGCCGCUUGAGGAACUUCUGGCUCUAUGAAAGGCGUUGAAGGUGUACGCACCACGCAGGCACUCGCCCUGCAGCGUUGACGCCAUUUUACCUCACUUUCGUACCAAACGAUGAACAGUCACGAAGGGUAGUAGUGUCUCCGGGAUUAGGAGAUGCCGCCCUUCUACUAGAGUUUCUGGCUAUGUCGUCUUGAUCGACCUCUACAGUAGUAGAGCCUUGACACGCCAACGGCAGCAUCUUCAUCCUUGCUGUGCUACCUCAACGGCAUAUUCAUGUUCCGCGUACAGCAGUGCCGGCAUUCGUCAGGCCGAAUACGGGUGCUUUGAAAACAAAAUAACCUUCAUUAACGAAUGAGCGGAACCAAAAUAUUCAAAGCUCUCAUCAGCAGCGAUCGAAUAAGCCCAUUCACAGCGCGGGGUUUGGGCUUUCAAGAAAGAUAUGCCCCCAUGACCAUCAUAGCAGGAGGCACUUCAUCCCACAAGAAUCGCCAUAUCCCAACAACUACGGCAAACCCUGCGAAAAAAAAUGCAGAUUCGAAAAGCUCUCUUUCAGAACUAUUUUACUGCGGCGGAAAUAUCCCCGAGCUCGUUGAUGAAGAACUAAAAAAAAUCAGAACCAACAUUUCAAUUUUUUUCGCCCACAUCAGUCCCAACGGCUGCCACACAUGAAGAGGUCGCGGUCCACGCCCAUGGCUCUUAAGCUGCGCGACAAGUCCCUGGCGACCAUACUGGCAACCUUGGCUCAUCGUGGUGGUAAGCUGCUGAGUGUGCAUCAGCACAAGGCUCCGAAGAAGUAUCUUGUGCAACUGACGGCCCAAGUGCAUGGAUCCAGACAGCGCUGGUGCACCCACCUCCUCCCCUCCCCGGCCUGCUCCCCGGCCGGGGCCGAAAUCGACCUUGUGAGCCCCUCGCGGGCGAACCAGGCCACAACAGAUAGUAGGUGGGUGGUGUCCCAAGGUGCAACUCACCGCCGCGCUGGCUCAGCGUGGCGGUGAGGAUGCACAGACGGUGGUAGUGGCGAGAGGUGUAUGUGGACCUUGUCCCCGCGGCAGCAAUGCAAAGCGGCAAACUGCACCUGGUAACCACCGUCGCGGAAAACGUGGCCCACGAAGCUGGAGGAGCAGAGAGAUUCGUAAAAACCACGCGAGUAAGCACCGUUCGCGGGAGAAGGGAGAUAACCGCGGGCGACGCGGGGGGGGAGUGCUGCACCCUCCUCGUCCAAACACCACAGGCAAGCACCGAGCCCUGCAAAGAUGGAUCGAUGCGAAGAAACUCGCCGCUCGGAUUAAACGGAAGAAAACACC